GUUCAGAAGAGGCAGGACUUCCAUGAUAGUACAUCUGGAGCAGGCAGAGCACAUCUAAUCCGAGAGCACAUAACUGGUGAUAAGUUUUCCCAUGGCUCUGAACAUGACGAUGUCGAUGUUCCCCACGUUGAAUCCCGAUGUGGACCCCUGCAGUAACUACACUGCAGCCUGGCUGUGGCUCCACUCCAUGCAACCAGCCUACAUAGUACUGAUCUGUGUGGUGGGGAUGGUGGGAAACGGUCUGGUCCUCUGUGUCCUGUGCCUGCAGAGAAAACCCUGCACCGUAGCUGAUAUUUAUCUGGGAAACCUGGCCACUGCAGAUCUAGUUAUGGUCUCCUGUUUGCCCUUCUGGGCAGACACCAUCGCUCAUGGCUACCACUGGACCUUUGGUGAGGCGCUCUGCAAGCUGGUCAACGUGGCCAUCUCCAUGAACUACUACUGCAGUGUUCUGUUCCUAGUCUUGGUCAGUGUGGACCGCUACCUGGCUCUAGUGUGCCCAAUGUCUCCCAGCAGACUGAGGAGGGCCGCCUGGGCCAAGCGCAUCUGCCCAGGCAUCUGGCUCCUGGGCUUCCUGCUCAGCUUCCCUGUGCUGCUGUUCCGUAAGGUCAGCUACGUGUCAGACCCGGGAGUGGACGCCUGCUUCCUGGCCUACCCUCACCCAAGCUGGACGGUCCAGCACAACCUCACCAGGAAUAUACUGGGCUUCCUGGUCCCAGUGUCGGUGGUCACCUACUGCAGUCGGCACAUCAUCAAGGCCCUUAAGGAAGGUCAAACUAAAAAACUUCCAGGAGUGAGAGCGGAGAGAAAGGCCACAUACCUGGUGCUUGCUGUCCUUGUGGUCUUUCUAAUUAGCUGGACUCCCUUCCAGAUGUUUGUUUUCCUGGACACUCUGGAUUACUUCCAGCUCACUCCGGGGUGCCUUUGGGGUCACUUCCUGGACAUUGGGAUCCAGCUGUCUACCUACCUGGCAUACACCAACAGCUCAGUCAACCCCUUCCUCUAUGUGAUAGUGGGGAAACAAUUCAGGAAAAGGGCUAAAGAGGUAUUUAAGACAAUCUUGAACCCAUCCUUGAGAAACCAAACUUUUAUGACUGGCAAUUUCACCUCCAUUGACUGCAAUUACGAGUACAUCUGGUUCCGUAUUGUAAAGAGGUUUCUCAAAGCAAAUAGCCCAUUUGGUUUUCUAGAAUAG